GACACAGUGUGUUUUUCUUUAGUUUAAAUGAUUAAGUUGUAUGUUUAGGUUAGGUUGAUUCUUGCUAAAUCAGUAGGUAAUGUAUGUUUCAUUAACCAAAAACAAAUUGUGUGUCUAAUGUGUACCAUUGAUGUACUUGCUAGUGCACCUUUAAUGGGUCUUUGUUGCGUCUUACUGACGAUAAAGGCUUGUUGUUUCACAGGGAGGCUUUUUGUUUGUUUGUGUUUUCCAGCUACUGUGUAGAGAGUUUUGGGCAGGAGAAUCGCGGGUCAAGCCAUGACAGUUCUCUCCUUAAUCCACUCCAUUCCCUCCUCUCCCAGCUAAGCUGCCAGAGUGCACUGUGCAUUUCCAAGAGCAAGAAAAGAUGGAUAAAUCUACAGAGUUGGUGUCACUUGAGGAUGUUGCUGUGGACUUCACCUGGGAGGAGUGGAGGGACUUGAAUGAUGCUCAGAGGACUUUGUACAGGGAUGUGAUGCUGGAAACCUAUAGCAGCCUGGUGUCAUUGGGGUACUGCAUUAGUAAACCUGAGGUGAUCCUCAAGUUGGAGAAAGGAGCAGAGCCAUGGAUAAGAAAAGAAUACCCAAAGCAGUGCCUCCCAGGUUAGUAAGCACAUCCUGGACAGAGUCCGGGAAGAGUAAAACCCCGCAGAUCUUGACUUUGUUCAGCUGUUUCUAGCAGUUAUUCCACAGGUCCGUGAGCUGGGGCUGGCUCAUCUCCUUGCAUUAAACACAUGUAUUAUGUAAUCUCUCA